UUUCGUUGUUACAGCUAUCGUAACUCCUUCGCGUCGCUUCCAGCUUAAGCUCUAGCCUCUUCAAUUCCACAUCCCAACCCAACUAUUACUCGCGCCAACUCAGUCAAUAUGUCUAGAAAACCGGCAAAAGGCGAGUACAUCGAAACCGAUACGGGGAACAAGGUCUCGAGAAAAGCCAUCCUGAUCGGAACACAGCACAUCAUGCUAGGCGGCAAGACCGUUAUCCAGGCCGAAGCUAUGAUUCGCGGCGAUUUGGCGAGGACUGGGCAAGCUGUAUCAGGCUCAGCCGCCGCUCCUGGUAGCAAUACGGCCGUGGCUAUCGGUCGCUACUGUUAUCUGAGCAAAGGAUGCUGUUUGCGCCCUCCGGGUCGCAUAUACAAAGGAUCCUUCACCUUCCUUCCUCUCCGAUUAGGCGACCACGUUUUUAUCGGCGAGGGCACCGUCGUCCAAGCAGCAACUGUCGGCAGCCACGUCUACAUCGGCCAGAACGUCGUCGUCGGCGAAUUCUCUAUCAUUAAAGACUACGUCCGCGUCCUCGAAGGCACCGUUAUACCCCCAAAUAUGGUCAUACCCAGCUUCAGCAUCGUCGCUGGCCAACCAGCCCGAGUUAUCGGCGAGGUCCCCGAAGGAGGCCACGAGGCAUUCGAGCUCCGAGAGCUGUACAAGACGGUCGGGAAUAAUCCACAGCCGCUACCAGUCUAAUUAACGAUCGUUAUUGGUGCGAUAUGCGCUCUUACGCCCCUAUCCACUUAAUGAUCGGAUAUAUAACCAAAGUGCUCAAAUAUCGCGGUAAGGCCGACCUAGGCGCAAUUGCCUAUCAGGACUGCUCUCAAGACGCAUCGAAGUCAAUCGUCUUUAAUGCUAAGUGGCAUGCCGCUCUAGUCGCAGAUCGAAAUUGAAUCCGUCAUGCACCAUUUCAGUCCUCUGACCUGAAGGUAACGUCUACUUGAAGCGCAUGCGCUCCCUGGGCGCAUUGUGUAGAGGGAACUCGCCAGAUUUAAUGGCUCGUAUUACGCGCUACUCUCGAUACAACCCCAAAAU